UUAGAAAUUAAUUUUAUGGAAGUUUUUAGUGGUAAUACGAACUUCAGGUUUCAGGGAACGUGGUGCUAUAGCUUGAUCUUUAAAUACUUAUCUUUAAAUUUAGGUUGUAUUAAAUUAAAUAACAAUUUUUAAAUUUAUUAUGAGUGUAAUAACGUUAAACGAUAGAAUUCACAGAAGAAGUGGCCAUGUUGCUGUCCCUUACAAAAACUGUAUGCUCGUUUGGGGUGGAUACAUGGAGCAAAUGCUUGAUGCUGAUAUAGAAAUCGCCUACAGCACCUACCAUCCCACCGAUGAGUUAUGGGUGUACAACUGCCUUACAGAAGUAUGGUGUCGCGUUCUUACAUCAGGUGAUAUUCCUCCAAAAGUCUCCGGUUGCUGUGCCCUUUUACAUGGAGACGAUCUCUACACAUUUGGAGGUUAUCAACACAAGUCAGAAACUGGCACGACCAACCACCUUUACAGACUUAAUCUCAAGACGAUGGUGUGGACGAGACUCAUGCCUAAGGGUGAUUUGCCCGUCUGUUGUGAUAAGAUGGCUGGAUGGGUCUACCAGGAUAAACUUUACUUCUUUGGUGGGUUCGGCCCUGUGCAGAGGUGUCGUUGUGAGUUUCAGAUUGUUUUGGAGCCGACGUCAGAACUCUCACCCUGGCCGACGGGGUGGAACAACCAACUGGCUGUUUAUAACGUAUUAACAAAUAGUUGGGAGUGGCCUAGAUGUAGAGGAACUAUUCCAGCUCCUAGAGCCGCACACGCAGCCGCCAUAUCAAAGAAUAAGGUCUAUGUUUUUGGAGGCCGCCUUAGACUGAUUAGAAACAAUGAACUUCACUGCCUGGACUUGGACACCCUUACAUGGAGUGGCAAGUAA